GAAACUUGCUCUUAACUUGAUAAAAACACCAUCAUCACUGGUGACUAGCACAUUCUUCCUGACGCAAUCACUCAUCUGAUCUUUAGUCCCCUUCAAAGUUUUAAGGAAUGGCUGUGGAAGCUGUAGUGGUUGGUGAUCAAAGAAAUAGGGGAACUGUUGAUGCUCACAAUCCCGUGCCUCCCCCUGUGUCAGAAAGUGUGGCAUCAACAAACUUGGGUAACUCUGAUGAUGGUGCCGCAGAACGUGUAGCAUCAUCAAUAGAGAAACAGUUAUCCAUGCUUUCCCGCGACAGCCGAAAUUAUGGUACAGUUUGUAUCUACAGAGUACCUGACAAAUAUCGAAACCAGAAUCAAGAAGCUUAUACGCCUAGAUUGGUCUCGAUAGGACUCAUCCAUUACGGUCAAAGUGCACUACAAGGUAUGCAAGAAUACAAGCUGAAAUAUCUUCAUGAUUUCCUUCAUACUUUUCGGGUUUCCUUGAAGGAGGUGGCUAAGUAUGUCCAUAGUCAAGAAAAGAUGGUGUGUGAUUGCUAUGAAGAUAUUUACAUGAACAAUGUGUCGAAAGAAUCCAAAGAACCGUCCGAAGUGAUCUUGUUAGAUGGGGUGUUUAUGAUUGAGCUUUUCUUGAAAAACCAUUUCCUGGGGAUGAGGGAGAAGGGGGAUAUAAUAUUCGAUAAUCCCUUGUUAGCCAAUGAUGUAUCACACGACCUGCUUCUCUUUGAAAACCAACUCCCCCUCAGGUUCCUAACCACAUUGUUUGACACUUUUGUUUCCAGAAAUGUGAGAAAAUACUUGGAUAACGAUGCUAUUAAUCCUCCAUCUUUCAAUGAACUUGCACAAAAGUACUUCAAAAAUGUGGGCAACACUGGAAAACUCGCGCUAACUAGUGAUUUUUCACAUGCGAGGCAUUUGAUUGAGUUCUUAUCUAUUUUACAUACACAAGGAAAGUACAGGGCUUCAGGAGUUAGAAAAGAAGUGGGGAAGAAGAAGAGAAAGGAUUUUUCGCGAUGUCCAACCGUGACGGAGUUGAAAGCAGCCGGAGUCAAGUUCCGUCAUGGAACCAAAGAUUGUCUCUUGAAUGUCAAGUUCGACCAAGAGAAGGGGAUCUUGACGAUUCCACAACUAACGGUGACUGAUUCCACUGAAACUUUCUUCCGAAAUUUAGUAGCUUUUGAACAGUCUGGAUAUCAUUCUAAAGACAUCACAAGCUACAUUAUAUUUCUGGACAACUUGGUAGACACUCAUAAGGAUGUCGACCUCCUUAUCAAAUAUAAAAUCAUCACAAAUGAGCUUGGUGGAAGCCAUGAAGUGGCCAACCUCUUCAACAAUCUUUACAAGGAGUUCGUGAAAGAUCCAAGGGAAUUCCUUUAUGUGGAUCAAUGCCGUCAGCUCAAUGAUUACAGCCGAAACUACUGGCACAAGGGGAAAGCGACAUUCGCGCGGUGGUAUGCGGUGUUCAAACGUGAUUAUAUUGCUACCCCGUGGUCUGUCAUGUCUCUUAUUGCUGCAAUUUUAUUACUUGCUCUCACUAUAGCCCAGACAGUGUUAUCAGCACUUCAACUUAAACAGUCUUGA